UCUAUUCAGAUUAUCAAUUUUAAAAAAUUUAAUCAAGUAAUCGAUGUUAACACAAUCCCUGAAAAAGUACACACUAUUAAAUUACCAGAUUUUAAUCAAGUUAUCAAACCAUAUACAUUCCCAUCAUCAGUAACCACCCUCCAUAUUCCAUCGUUUAACCAAGUAUUAAAAAUCACAAAUUAUUUUACAAGAACGUAUCCUCCCUCAACUGACAAUGAAGAAGACCCUUUAGAAUAUUUACCAAAAUCUAUUGAAAAAUUAGAAUUAAAAUCAUUUAACCAAGCUAUUGAACCUAAUACUUUUCCUGAAACAAUUGUUGAUCUCCGUUUACCAUCUUUUAACCAAGAACUCCAAGUUGGCUCUAUACCGCCCAAUGUUAUCCGCCUCGAGUUACAAUCAUUCAUUCAAAAAUUAAAUCCUGACUUUCAUUUGUAUGAUAUUCCUCCAUCAGCCAUCUCUGUAGAACUACCAACAUUUAAUGGAAUCAUUCCUCCAAACUCAAUUCCUAAUGGUGUGCAAUCAAUAAUAAUGAAUGAAUUUAAUCAAGUUUUCGAUCAAGGAGUAUUUCCAGAAAGUGUUUUAUAUAUAAAGCUAGAAAAUUUUAACCAAGUAAUUAAAAAAGACACUCUUCCAACAUCACUUUUAACCCUCUCGCUGCCAUCUUUUAAUCAAAUUAUAGAACCAUUUUCAAUACCUUCAUCAGUUUGUGAUCUAGAGCUUGAUUCAUUUAAUCAAAUAAUACAACCAAACUCAAUACAAAUCUCGAGUCAAGUUAUAGAUUUACCAGCUUUUAACCAGGCUAUAUUAAAAAAUUCAUUCCCAGAUUCAAUUAAACAUUUAAUUUUAAAAUCAUUCAACCAAGUUAUCUCACCCAAUACACUACCACCAAAGCUAAUAUCAGUAAAACUA